AUGACACAUUUUCCCAAAAAUGGAGAUACUAAUAUUAUGCAUAAAUAUAAAAAAAAAAAUUUGGAAAUGAGGAAAAUGAAAGGUACAAUAAUUAUGGGGGGGAAAGCUAAUGGAAACAUGGAUAGUGGUACGUCUCUCAGGACGUUAGGGAAUGGAAAUAGCUUUAAGCUUAAUUCGAACUUCAUAAAUGAAGAAAAGGACAAAUCAGAAAAAAAUAGCUAUAACAAUAAGUAUCACUCGAAUAAAUCAUUUGCAAGUAGCACACCCACAAGUAAGGUAUUUACAAAUACGUCUAUUGUAAAUAAAUUAGCAUAUAGCAGAUCUAGCACUUCAAGCAAAUUUGGCUACAAAAAUACAUUAAAUAAUGAUAAUAGCUCGAAAAGUUCCGAAAAAAAAAAAAAAAAAAAAAAAAUGAAAAAUGACAUGAACGGCAAGGUAAUAAAAAGAAACGACAAUUUAGCUAACGAAACGAUUGAUAAAAAAAAAAGCGCCUCAAAAAAUAUAUCAAAAAGUUUUAAUUUAAAAAAAAAUAAUAUAAUUUCUUCAAAUAUAAAUAUCAAUUCAAACACAAAAAAAAAUUAUAAGCACGGAAAAAUAUUAUCACAACCCGAAAAAUUAACACAAACCGAAAAAAUAUUAAAAAAAGAUAAUAAUAAUAAUAAAGUUUUAAAAAAUAUUAUAGAAGGAAUGGAAUCUAGUAUGGAUAAUAAGCAAGUUGCAGAAAAUAUUGAAGAUAAUGAGAUAAUAAAAAAUGAAGAUAUAUCAUAUGAAACAAAGACAGAUAUUCAAAGUGGUCAAAAUGAAUCUAUGCAAAAAACAGAUGAAAUAAAAGAAAAUAUACAAAACGGAUAUAUAAAAAAUGAAAAUUUAAAAGAAAACAUAAAUCAAGAAUCUGUUAAAAAUUCAGUAAUAAAUGAUAAUACAGAAAAAAAUGAUAAAAAUGAACAAGUUAGUUAUGAAAAAACAGUUGGAGAUGAAUUUAAUAUUGAUAAAACAAAUAUACAUAAAUAUGAAAUUCUUACUCCCCAUUUUAUAAAAGGAAUAUAUGAACCAAUUAAUGAUAUAUUUUCUGAAGAAAACAAAAACCGUUCUUAUAUUAAUAUAGAUAAAACAACUACAAGUUUAUUACCAGGAUAUAAAUCUGUAACAUUUGAAGAAUUAAACAAUCCAAAUUAUAACAUAAAUAAUAUACAUCAAAAUAAUAUGUAUCCAUCAUCCAUGUUUUACCCCCCUUUUAAUUAUAUACCAAUUAUGAACUGUAAUAAUUUAAAAGAAGCUUAUAUUUUAAAAAAUAAUGUAAUGUUAAAUAAUUAUUUAUUAACUUCAGCUGAUAUAUCAAAAGGUACUAUACAUAGACAGUAUAAUGUUGGAGUUACAUAUCCUUAUGGGGUUCCUUAUAUUGAUGUUAGAAAAAUUAAGAAUUCAUAUAGUCAGAAAAAGACAAAAAUAUGA